CAAACAACGUUAAUACGAGGUUUCACCAACACUUUGCCUCGCUACAAACCCACGACGGCUGCCGCCACACCGUAUUCUCAUCGCCGGCGACCACGUCAUCACUUUCCGGUGUAUUUACAUUAAGGGAUUAAAGUGAUUGAUUAUAUAUAUAGAUAUAUAGAUAUAGAUAUAUAGAAUCAUAAGAAGAUGGUUUACUUACAAUAUGGUAAAAGCAUUAUUCGGAAAAGUAAGUUAUUGAAAGAUACAGCCGAAUCGCUUGUGUUUCAUCAUCCGUUGUUUUACGCGGCUCAAGGCGUUCGAUAUAGAAAGUUGGAAGUCAUACUUACAACUAAUAUAGAUAAGCUCGGGAAAGCAGGUGAAACGGUGAAAGUUGCGCCUGGCCAUUUUCGUAACCAUCUGAUGCCAAAGUUGCUUGCGGUUCCGAAUAUUGAUAAAUUUGCUUAUCUUAUCAGUGAGCAGAGGAAGAUUUAUCAACCUAAGGAAGUUGAAGAGGUCAAGGUAGUUCAUAAGACCGAGGAAGACACAAUGAAAGAAUACCGAACAGCUGCUAUACGACUUGAAAAUGCUAAGCUGGUUUUGAGAAAAUAUAUAAAGAUAGAUACUGAAAUACGUUCACCCGUGGAAAAAGAAGAAAUUGUAUCUGAGGUUGCAAGACAGCUUGGUGUGCAUAUCGAGCCUGAUAACCUGCAACUAACAGCUCCUUUGACCACUUUAGGUGAGUUUGAGGUGCCGCUCCGACUGCCCAAGUCUCUUCCUUUACCAGAGGGCAAGGUUAAUUGGACCCUCGAUGUCAAAAUCCGCAAAAAGUGAACAAAUCAGGCCCUUUUGCACUUGGUGCCUCAUAACAUUAUUCUAGUAGAAACUCAUGCCAUGAAUACAUGCAAAUUUCAGUUAGGUUAUCCAGGUUCACAAACACUACUUUCCUUAUUCUAGAAACAUUUUUGUUGAAGAUUUGUAGACACCGGGUUAAGCUUCAUUUUCCUUGUUUUUGAAAUAAACCAAAUGCGAAACAUUUGGUUUGACAUAACACACCAUGAUCUCUCAUCUAGUUGGCUGACUAUAUGUCUCAAUGCUAUUCGUUUCAUCUCCGAAAA